AUGGCUGUCCCCGAACACAGAAUAAGCUUGGAACCUGAGAAAAAAACCCUUCUCAACCUCCACACCGAGAAGCACUUCACCGCCGGCGAAAUAGUCCGCGACGUCAUCAUCGGGGUUUCUGACGGUCUCACCGUCCCAUUCGCCCUUGCCGCCGGUCUCUCCGGCGCCAAUGCCACUUCCUCCAUCGUUCUCACAGCCGGCAUAGCGGAAGUCGUCGCCGGCGCCAUCUCCAUGGGGCUCGGCGGUUAUUUGGCAGCGAAGAGUGAAACUGACCAUUACGCGAGAGAAUUGAAAAGAGAGCAAGAAGAAAUCAUCGCCGUGCCAGAAACUGAAGCGGCAGAGGUAGCAGAAAUACUGGCUCAGUACGGGGUAGAGGCACAUGAAUAUGCACCUGUGGUGAAUGCUCUGAGAAAAAACCCUCAAGCAUGGGUUGAUUUCAUGAUGAAAUUUGAGCUGGGACUAGAGAAGCCAGAUCCAAGGAGAGCAUUGCAUAGUGCAAUGACAAUUGCCAUUGCUUACAUAAUGGGUGGGGCUGUUCCUCUGGUUCCUUACAUGUUCAUUCCAAGGGCUGCAGAGGCAGUUGUGUUUUCAGUCGUGGUUACCUUGCUUGCAUUGCUGCUUUUUGGUUAUGCCAAGGGCCACUUCACGGGCAAUAAACCAUUCAGGAGUGCUUUGGAAACAGCUCUGAUCGGUGCCAUAGCCUCUGCAGCUGCUUUUGCUUUGGCCAAGGCUUUCCAUCCGUAG